CCCGCGAAGCGCUCUCUGCGCGGUGUUUUGCGCUAGCUCAAGGGAGGACGCUUGCAGGCUGACAGUGACGGAGAGCCUGGCUUGUUCCAGUUACCUCUCCCAUACUGCCCAGGCCCCGCUGACGAUGGAUGAGAGGGAGGACGGUGAUGCCGAAGCUUGGCUGAAGUUGAAGCCUGUGGAGCCCUUGGCCUCCCAGUGCUGCGGCAGUGGCUGCUCGCCCUGUGUGUUUGACAUCUAUUACCGAGACCUGGAGAGAUGGGAAGCAGCGCAAGCCAGAAACGACAGGAGCCUCCUGACUGGGACGCAGCCACCUGAGACCCAGGGCUGUUCUACCGAGCUGAGUCCGGAGACCUUCCUGGCCUUCCACAUCAGCACCAUGGAGAAGCUCACCGCUGACACCUAUCUCGUCCGGUUUACACUGCCUGGGAGCCGUCAGCUGGGCCUGCAUCCCGGGCAGCACCUCAUCCUACGAGGUACAGUCGAUGGCUUAGAAAUUCAGAGGGCCUACACCCCUAUCAGCCCUGUCACUGCAGAAGGAUACUUUGACGUUUUAAUCAAGUGCUAUCAGACUGGGCUGAUGUCCCGGUACGUGGAGUCCUGGAGACCGGGAGACACAGCUUUCUGGCGAGGGCCUUUCGGAAGCUUCUUAUAUGAACCAAACAAGUAUGGUGAACUCCUUAUGCUGGCUGCCGGCACGGGCCUGGCGCCUAUGGUGCCCAUUCUGCACAGCAUCACAGACAACGCAGACGAUGAGACCUUUGUCACCUUGGUUGGCUGCUUCAAGACCUUCGAGGGCAUCUACCUGAAGAGCUUCUUCCAGGAACAAGCCAGGUUCUGGAAUGUGCGAACCUUCUUCGUCCUCAGUCAGUGGCAAAAAAGGAGCUGGCUGGAUGGACACCAAGGACCACCAAGAGUCACCACUGCUCUCUCUUCCCAGGAGGACUCCCCAGGGCAGCUUCCCUGGAGCUACCGUGACAAGACGCGCUUUGGCCGCCUGGGCCAGGGGUUGGUUGAUGAGCUGGUGGCCUGCUGCCGGAGGAAGCCAUUUACGUUAGUCUGUGGCUCACCCACGUUCACUGAGGACAUGGCGAGGUGUUUGAUGUCUGCUGGCCUGACUGAGGACUCCUACUUCCUCUUCUAGCCCUGGAUGGACCUUAUUCAGGGGCAUAGGAGGGAGCCCAGCCCAGAGUCGGGAGACAUGGAGUCCAGGCCUGACCCCCACUGCUGACUUGCCCAGAGACCUUGGACAAACAUCAGCACCCCUGGGGAACUUCCUUUCCUGUCUGCCACAUCCUGCUGUGUGGAGGGAGGCCAGCAGCUGGCCUGGGAGCCAGGGAAGAUUAUUGCAGGGGAACCAAGCAAAUGGAGUCCUGCUGAGCUCAGGGCUGGUGGGAGUUGGAUGGGACCAGGGGUGAGACAGCCCAUCAAUGCUAAGAGAAUGUCCUCCGGAAAAGCUCAGAGCUCUUCAGAGGUCCUUCUGUACCUCCUGUAGGUUGAGCCUGACUCACUUAAGGCUUUGGGUCUAUGACCUGGCCAUGUUCUCAGAACAAAGCACUGCCCUGGACCAUCUCUGCAUCCACGAAAGUCUUUCUUGCCAAAAUCAGCUUCAUGCCCAGUCUGUCUUUCCUGGCUCAGGAGGCCAGCUCAUAGUCCUUUCCCCACAAAAGAAGAGGAGCAGAGGCAAAGGCCCCUCCCUCCGGCAGGCAGCCACAUAGCCUGAGCCUUCAGCUCGGUGCCCUGGCGACGGUUGCUAUGGAGAUCUAAAGAUAGAGCAGGAGUCAGGAGACCUGGGUCCCUCUCCCAGCUCUGCCCACUGAGUGGCUGCUGAUCCAGGUCCACCCAGCCCCCACCCCCACCUCCUCCAUCCUGCAUGGGGCAUGCCCUCUCCAGGGAACUCGCUGGCCCUGGGCAGCAACGUUGCCUUAAUGAAUUCUGCUUUCCACAGCCUGGGCCCCAGUGUGCUGCACCAGCAUAGGCUAGAUUCAGGCAGCCCCCGACUUCUAAAUGCUCGGCAGUGCAAUGUUAGAAGCUGAGAGCCAGGGACCUUCAGGAUUAGGCAUUUAUAACCGUGGAGCUGCACUCUUCCCGGCAGAACCGAGCUCAGAUGCCGGAAAUCCCUGUCCAGCAGACUCAUUGGACAAACGGGGAAACCAAGGCCUAACCCUAACCCGUGUGCGACUCAUCCAAGGUGAAGGGCAGAGACAGCCAUACACACCUCCCAUCUCACUGCCUGCUCAUGGCUGUAGACCCUGACAGGACACUGGGGAAUCUGGCCUGGAUGGGGAUGGCAGCAGGAAAGGGGGGCUGGAGGGAUCUCCAGGCAAUCACAGCAGGUCUGUUUUUACCUCAUCUUCAUAGUAGGACCUAGAGGAAUUUUUUUUUUCAGAAAGGACUUUUCUAUCCUGCCCUGAAAAUUCACAACAAGCAAAACGCUGUUCACUACAGGGUUGUGGGAAGCCCGCAGGGGCACGGGGCUUCUGUUAUGGUUUCAAGACACAUGAUUUUGGUUCACCUAGAUCCUCAACCUUCCCUGGGUCAUUUUUCUCCACAUCUUGAGCCUAGCCCCGCAUGACAGGACUGAGAGCCAGAGCUCCCAUCAGGGUCCUUGGUCUCUUCCUGACUAGCCUGUGACUUGGGGCAAGACACAUGUGCUCUGUCAGGGCCUUUGAGAAGUUCCUCAGCAUGCCUUGGUGGAUCUUACUGGUUGUCCUCAUGGAUGCUCCUGGGGCCUGAGGAGCAGGCCCAAGGGAAUAGCAGCAAAUGUGCCAGGCACAGCCUUUCGACUGGAGCGCUCUAGCCGAGGCACAAGUUGGAACUCAUAGCUCUGAAAGGGUAUUAUAGAAAUGGCAUCCAUAGUGCUAAGAGAAUGAUGAGCAGGGCUUGAGCCUAGCCUCCAGGAAGGACUGAGCAUGCCCCUGCCCCUAGGAUGGAAGCUUUGAAAGCUAUGCUCUUGCUCAUUCCUGGGAGAGUUGGAGAGGUCCCACUUAAGGGGAGGGGUCUAGGGCAGUUCCAGUAUGCCUCUCUGUAUCCUUUUAGAUGUUUGAUGCCUAGACAUUAGAUUAAGCCACUCAGAGGCAACUGACACUCCUGUCCUAAGAUAGAUUGCCUCCCUCUUCACCUCACUCCGCAUAGAAUCUGGACAGUCUGGCUACUAGUGGAAUUUAUUAUCCUGCAACAUUGGCGAGGGCACAAAUGUGGCCAAGAUGCCAAAAGGUGUCCUGUCAGCUGGGUACUUGAGAGCCCAUGGAUAGUGUUUGCUGUGCCUGGCGAGGUAUAGGUGAGCAUAAAAGAGGACUGACUGGAAUUCAUGAAGUCAUCCCCCUUGGUGGGUGGCUCUGUCAGCUGGCCAGUUCCUCCUGAGACUGCCUGGGGCUCUGCAGGCUGUGGAGAUGGAGUGGACCCCGGGUCCUACCAUUGUGUGAUAGUGCAGGGGCAGAAAGCACGCUAUGAGCUGAACAUGACCUAAAGGCCUCAGGAGGCCAACAAAGAGCUCACGACUCUGCGAGCGAGACAGAUCAGCACCCCAAAUUCUUCCGCCACGACCCCUCUCUUCAGUCUGGGAGCACAGCAAGAGCCCGUGAGCCCCAGCCCAGCCACCGUAUUCCCAUCACGCAGGGCGCUCACACCUGAAGGUACAGCACCUGAGAUAUGGCAGAAUUGUGGAGAAUUUACAGGGGGCAGGGCCCUUUAUUUAUAGGCAAUCAUGCCAUUGUCCAACCGUGGUUGGAGACUAACCUCUGAGCCACUAGGAUCAGGUAAGGAUGAGACUCCUCCUUGGAACUGAUUUUGGGGCGCUGUGACACACUAAUACACCUGGAGGUACCCGUACAGACUUCUGCUUCUGCGUGGCAUGAGACAGCCAAGACUAACGUCUGCCCACGGAGGAGCAGAUUGAGAAAGAAGCUGUUCUCUUCGGUUUGUUUUCCUAUUUGUUUUGUUUGGAUGCUGGGGACUGAAUCUAGAGCCUCGUGCAUGCUCAAUUAAGGACCACCACGCUACAGCUCCCUCCACUGAAGGAUUCCGGUGGGUACCAGACUGUAGUUAAAAUCAAUGGACCAUGUUGGUCUCUAUGUACCAACACGGCUUACGUUUGUUUUUUUUUUUUUUAAGUCAUAACAGAACAAGCUGCACAUAGUAAAAGAACAGGUACAGGGCUAGAAAGAUAGCUUUGCAGCUGAGUUUGAACCCUGGAACCUACAUAGUGAAAGGAGACAAUCAACUUCUACAAAUUGUCCUCUGGUGUGUGAACACACUCCAAUAAAAAUUAAAAGGAUGGCCAGGCGCGGUGGUGCACACCUGUAAUCCCAGCGCUUGGGAGGCAGAGCAGGUAGAUCUCGGUGAAUUCAAGGCCAGCCUGGUCUACAAAGUGAGUCUAGGACAGCCAAGGCUACAUAGAGAAACCCUGUCUCAAAAAAGACAACAAACAAACCAAACGUAUUUGGGACCUGUACUUGGAAAUUAUAAAACUCCAAAGAAAUGUUUUCUGAGGAGAUGGCCCAGGUGCAGGCGCAGAGGUGACUGAUGGUGAUGGAGCAGAGUGGACUGCUUUUGAAUUGCUUUAUGGAAAAGAAUUGAAAUGAGCUUCUGGCAAAUCUGGGUUUUCUUGUAUCUUCUUUAUUGUUUUCUUUUCCUCCAGCUUGUGUUUAAAAAUAGUUCUAAGCCAGGCAUGGUGGCGCACGCCUGUAAUCCCAGCACGCAGGGAGGCAGAGGCAGUUGGAUCUCUGUGAGUCUGAGGCCAGCCUGGUCUACAAAGAGAAUACAGGAUAGCCAAGGCUACACAGAGAAACCCUGUCUCAAAAACAAAAGUAAGUAAGUAAAAAUAGUUCUACAACUAGAUUGCAAAACAGUAUCUAUUAUACCCAGGUAGGUGUACACCUGUGACCCUAGCACUUGGGUAGUGGAGACAGGAGGACCAGAUCAAGGUUAUUCUUGGCCACAUAGUAAGUUUGAGGGUAGCUUGGGGUACCUGAGCAGCAAAACAAAAUGACCCUAUGUAGCCAGUCCAUGUAUUUCAGAAACUAGGGGCUUCAAAUGCUCACUUGCUCUCCCCCCUCAGGUAGAAUUGGCUCUUCAUGCCUCCAGGCUCGUCAGUAAUUCACUAAUAAGUCUCUGUGAGCACCUGUGCCCCAGGCCUUCUAGGUAUGGGAGACCCCGCAGCGCCAGCAUGGAGAAGUUCCUGCCCUCAGACCCGGUAGGGUCUUCCCAGCCCUUGUUCUUCCUCUUUUCCUCAUGAACUCAAAUAAAAAAACGAC